AUGUCUGAGAAUGUAUAUUCUAACUCAUUUGUUUCGUUCUCUACAAAGCCGCCAGAGAAAUUGAAAGCGGCUGGAUCUCUUCUCAUGAAAGUUUUCGGAGUUCUUGCUGUUAAAGGUCCAAAACGAGUGGGAGCAUUAUAUGUGACUUGCCAAUUGUUCAAGACCUACUUCAAGCUUGGAACUGUCAAUCUUUGUCGAAGUGUGAUAAGAAGUAUCGAGACUGCUCGGAUAUUUGACUUUGAGGGAUUCCGAACAAGAGACAAGGUGACAUACAUGUAUUAUACCGGAAGAUUAGAAGUCUUCAACGAGAACUUUCCUGCUGCUGACACAAAGCUAUCAUAUGCCUUACAAUAUUGCAACCACAAGAAAGAACGGAAUAUAAGGUAUGACUGUGGUUUACUCUUAGAUUGCAUUACUCUUGCAUUGAGAAUCAUACCAACAUAUGAGCUCUUGCGAAAUUAUAAACUCCAUGAGUACAUAAACAUUGUGCAAGCUCUGCGAAAGGGUGAUCUCAGGCUUCUCCGACAUGUUCUUGACGAACAUGAAGAUCGGUGGCUUGUAGUGUAUUGUAGCUUUGUUGAUAGCUCAGCAAUUAGGUCGAGAGUAGAGAUGUUCGUUCUUAAGGUCCGGUGUGUAUCUUGUCUUGGAAAAGUUGGAGCUCCAGGUCUACCAGAGACUCAAGAAGAAAAUGUAAGUAGUAGUUAGAUGACACAAGCUAUUUAUCCAUUGAACAUUCUCAGAUUACUUCCGCCAAGAUUACUUUAUAAAGAUCCGUUGAGUAUGAGCUUCAAGAUCAACAAAUCUGGAUGAAGCUCACCAACUUGAACCUGUAAGAACUAAUAUGGAGAACUGCAAAUAUUUGGCUCUCUAAACGUCAAUCCCAUCUUCUGGAAAGGUUCUAGAUCGUUUAACUUCCAUAUAUCUAAUUGACAUCGUUCUAAUUCAUAAUGUUGGAGUUUCUCACCAAAUUUCUUUCCCUUCCGAAGAAUAAGCUUUCCCUCUGACAAUAACAUUACUAGAUAAUUUUUUUCGAUAAAAAAAUCCUAUAACCUUCUUGUAUACCAGUUUAGUAUAUAUGAGUACCUUGAGUUCUUGCUAUAGCUAUAUACAAUUUCAAACCACUAUUUUGUUUUAAUGUUUCAGUUAGCAUUUAUAUUUCAUUUCUAUUGCAUAACAAUACCGUCUUAUGUGUUGGUAUUUCUAUUGCAGGGUUUUGUCAUUCUUGUCAACAAUCCACUUUGCUUCAUUAUGUUUUGUUUUGUUCCUCAAUUAGGUAGAUCGGAGUGUGCAGCACCAACCAAACUUAGGUAGUAGUGGAGGAGAAUGUGAAGGGGAAAGAGUGUGAAGAAUUUUUCAACUUGCUUCGGAUCAAGCACCACCAGAAGCUGCUGCUAAUAGUGUCUCAUGUAAGUUCAACGAGGCUUGGCCUUGCACAUUUUCGAUGCCCUGGCCCCUGAGACUUUGUACAAACUAAUAUGAUACAUGUGACGCUUCAAAAACGAAACAUGUACUACUUCAGUUGCUUUUGUAUAUAUUUAUUUGUGGAGUGAUGUUACCGUAGUUAUGGUAUGUAAUCUAUGUUUUAUGCGCUUAGUCUUCAAGUUUUAUAAUUUAGUCAAACGUUUACAGAAAAACUUUAGUUCUCUGUAUUUCCUCUGUUUUUCUUGCAAGUAAAUGUGAAGUCUACGGAUACACGGGGAAAGAAUGUAACAGCAAGGUUGUUGGAGAAAUUGAGCCAAGAAUGGGACAGAACAUUGGAUAGAGAAGAAGACGCAAGGGUAAUCUUGCUGCAUCUGCUUGAUUUCUAUGCUCACAAUUUUGCUUCAUUCGUUUUUUCUAAAGUGUUAGCGGAUUUUAGAAAUGCAAGUGCGAAAACUUUUCUAUCAUUCUCAAAUAUAUCUGGUAGUACUUUUUCAUCCAAUUAAAGGAAUGUGUUAGUUGGUGUUUCAUUAUGUUGUUCGAUGUUCAUGUACAACAAAUAAAAUGCAAACUAAAAUUUCUCUCAAACUUGAGAGAAUGAUC